AUGCUGAUCUACGGUUCAUGCAUUGGCUUCUCCCUUCUGUCUCAGUCGUGGGAGGAGUUGAUCCCGCUAGACUCACCGUUGCGGACAACAAGACAGAGUUGGACAAUGUCUUUCAACGUAUGGACUAUUGUGAUUUCGACAGAUCUCCGUAUUGGGGGCGUUACAUCGUUGAUGUUCAUGACAGCACCGUUGGCGAUGGCUUUUCUCGUAUACCACACCUACCUUAUCUGGGCUGGCAUGACGACAAAUGAGAGCGCGAAGUGGUCUGAUUGGAAAGAGGAUGUCGCUGAUGGUAUGGUAUUCAAAUCUACUAAGGCGGAGGCAUAUGGAAACUCGCCUUUGCUGCGCGAAUAUCAAAGCCCGCAAACAUCCUGGCCGGUAAAUAGUGACCAGGUGCUUGUUCUUACGGAAGGUGAGCCACCGAGAGUGGGCUUCGUAUUCUCACUCGAUUCCAAUGAGAUUAGGCAGCCCAAUGAUGGGGAGGCACCUAUUGAUCAUAUAUGGACCCCAGUGCGCAGUAUGAGGGAGAUUGACAAUAUCUAUGAUCUUGGAUUUUGGGAUAAUCUACGCCACUCCUUUGGAUUACCUGCUCGGCGGAAGAUGUCAUAG